AUGGUGUCUCAGGUGGCCGUGGUGAGGAUGUCGGCACAGGACACCUUGUUUCGGCACUGCGGCGCGGCGUCUCGAGGGGCCGUCGGGGUACGCAACGCAGCUGCAGGCGGAGUGCCCGGCGAACGUCGACCCGAGGGCCGCCAUGUCCAUGGACCCGGUAAGGCCGGUGACCUUCGACAUCAGUACUUCAGGAACCUGCAGGCCGGGAAGGGCCUGCUGGCCUUGGACCAGGUGCUCUACACCGACCCGAGGUUCAGGUCCAGGCCCACCGUCGACGCCUGGGCCCAGAGCGGCGCUGCGUUCAACCGGGCCUUCGUGACGGCCACUGGCCGGGUCGGGGUCAAGACAGCGGCCCAUGGGAACAUCUGCCGUGCUUAA